UUAUGCCAUUCAAAUUACUCUUAAACACCAAAUCUAUAGAACACUGAGGAUAAACUGAAAUAUAGCCCUAAUGGAAAACCCCUAUGCCGGUGCUGUCCUUAAAAAAAGAAAAGAAAAAACUGAGAUGUAGUUUCCUCCUCCUGCUUCUGCUGUCCACACACCAGCUGCCCUCUCCUUUUGUUUACUCCUCAUGCAGCACUAAGGUUACCAUGUCAUGGUUGGGACACAUCCGUCACAAGAAAGUUUCUGGGAAGUGGCGGCUAAUGUUAGCAAUGUAGCCAUGGGAAUUUCUUGUACUUUCUGCGGAUAUUAAAACUUUCAUACAUUGCAGGUGUUGUAUGAAUAUUCAGGCAUGCACCACGUUAGUGCCUUAGACUGGGGAUCUGGAGCUGGAAGGAUGAUAUCACUAAACACGCUAUCUCUGCUUUUGUGAGCCCUUGUCAAAAGAGAGUAAAACAGGGCCUGAACGAAGGAUGUUCCGACAAUCAGAGCAAGGCAGGAGGCGUGUGAAUGCCCAGCCAUCUGCACGCAUAAGAGAGGUGGAGGUUGCGCGGGGAAGAACAGGCUAUGGCUUUACACUAUCUGGUCAGUCUCCGUGUGUGCUAAAUUGCAUCCUGAAAGGUAGUCCGGCUGACUAUGUGGGACUUUGCUCCGGAGAUCAAAUACUGAGUGUGAACGAUAUUAAUGUGUCCAAAGCAUCUCACGAGGAUGUUGUCAAGCUGAUUGGCCGCUGCACGGGUGUCUUAUAUUUGGUCAUUGCUGAAGGCAGUAAUAACAAUGCACAUCUAGAUUCAUGUUCAAGUGAUGAAGAAUUGGGGUUCCAUGACCACAAGAGCCACUGGUUGCGGCCAAAGAUGGACUCGAAGACACUAGGCAUAAACCGUGCAGAACGUGUUGUAGCGGAAAUGCAAUCUGGUGGAAUCUUUAACAUGAUCUUUGAAAAUUCCAGCCACUCAUCCAGCAGCUCGGAGAAAGCAGUAGCUUGUGCCUCUGCUUCUAAAACAAGAGCUCUCUCAGAGCCAGAUUUCUCAUACGGCAAUGCCGGCCCCCGACAGAGUGAUCCCAACACGCUCACUGAAGAGGAGAUGGCCAAAGUGCUCAAUGAUGACUCUGUGUUUGUUGAUGUGUUUGAACAGCAAGAUGAAUUUGCCCUGUUGCAAAAUGCAGACUCUGCGGGUAUACUCAAUGUUGGGAUGGUUGUGGGAUACUUGGGAUCUAUUGAAUUAGCUUCAACAAGUGCCAAUUUGGAAAGUGACAGCCUGCAGGCCAUUCGUGGCUGUAUGCGGCGUCUGCGCGCAGAACAAAAAGUACACUCGUUGGUCCUGCUCAAAGUCAUGCAUGAUUGUGUACAGCUGUGCAACGAUCGAGGCGCUGUUCUAGCUACUUACCCUGCAGAAAAGUUAGCAUUCAGCGCUGUUUGUCCAGAUGACCGCCGCUUCUUUGGCCUUGUCACAAUGCAAGCCACAAAUGCACAUGCCAUAAAUAGACUUGGUGAAGAGGAGCAAGGCUUGCGUACGUCUUGUCAUGUGUUUAUUGUAGACCCGGAACUCUGUCAUCAUAAGAUCCACCAAGGUGUAGCCCGACGCUUUGGCUUCGACUGCACACCAGACCCAGACACUGGUGGCUGCUUGGAGUUCCCACCGACUUCCCAGCCGCUUCUACAGUUUGUGUCCGUACUCUACCGUGAUAUGGGAGAAUCAAUAGAGGGUAUGCGAGCUCGAGCUUUCCUCGAUGGUGAUCUAGAUGCUCAGCAGAACAACAGCACAAGCAGCAACAGUGACAGUGGCAUCGGCAACUUCCUGCCAGAGGAGAAGAGCAACCGAGUCCUCUUGGUUGACUUGGGAGCAAACCCUAGUCGACAUGUUCCCACAGGACUAUGGGAAAACCCACCAGGACCUCGUAGCCAAAGUGUCCUAGGAGGUCUUCCAUCGCCGCCGCCAGUCUCGCAUCGUAAUGGCUACCGUUCUGACCAGUUUGUAGAUCACCCUCUGCCCCAUCCACAUUCCCACGGAGACCCACCUUUGCUUUCUAGCAGGCAUCUAAACUCCUCCUCACGGCUGGAUGUGUCAGGCCUUCCUUCACGUUCCCACUAUUCCGCCCAUGGCAAGAAGGUGACAGGAGCAUCAGGCCACCGCUGGCUGCCAGUUCACGUCCGGAGAGACUGGCGUCAGGGACACAGCAGUGAUCAGGAGUCUUAUGCAGAGUCCACAGACGGAUGGUCCAGUGCUAACUGUAGCACCCUGCCACCACCCAUGAGUAAGAUUCCAGCCGACCGCUACCGUGCUGCAGGCGAGAUCGCCACACAGCCUCACCGACUCCAUGCACGGAAGGAUGAGUGGGCAAAGAAGCUGUUCGGGGAGAAGAGUCUACGAGAGCAUCAGCAACAAUCAAACGAUUGCAGAAGAAUGAAAGAUUCAGAGAAAAAGGGUGGAAGAUUUAAAGGCAUUACCAUGGGCUUUCCUCAGCGUUCCUCAGGCAGACGAUCUUUUGGACGUUCCAAGCGACUCAGUAUGGCUCGUUCCCUUGAUGACCUUGAGUCUGCAGCUGUCUCCGAUGGUGAGCUGAACAGUGUGGACCUGAAAGGCUGCGGCAGUGAUAACAGUCUGAACAGCAAUGCCAGCCUACCUAGCGUGCAAUGCCAUAGACGCCACACUGAACGGCGCGUUGCAUCAUGGGCCGUCUGCUUCGAGCGGCUGCUACAGGAUCCCGUCGGUGUCCGAUACUUCUCGGAGUUUCUGAAGAAGGAGUUCAGUGAGGAGAAUAUUUUAUUUUGGCAAGCGUGUGAAUAUUUCAGUCAUGUUCCUGAAACAGACAAGAAACAGCUGUCCCAGAGGGCCCGAGAGAUCUACAACAGCUUCCUGUCGAGUAAGGCCACCACACCCGUCAACAUUGAUAGUCAGGCUCAGCUGGCUGAUGACAUCCUCAACGCUCCGAGGCCAGACAUGUUCAAAGAGCAGCAGCUACAGAUCUUUAACCUGAUGAAGUUUGACAGUUACACUCGCUUCCUAAAGUCCUACCUGUAUCAAGAAUGUAUGCUUGCAGAGGUGGAGGGCCGUCCUCUUCCAGACCCCUACCAGGUCCCCAGUAGUCCCACGUCCAAACACAGCACAAGCUCUGACCGCUCCAACCUCUCUACACCUAAAAAGGAUGACAAAAAGAGUAAAUCGGGAAGGUCACUAAAUGAAGACAGCAGAGAUGAACAUAGCGAUAAAAAGAAAAGUGUUUUCUUCUCCUGGUCCAGAAAUAGAAGUUUCGGAAAAGGAUCUAAGAAGAAGGACCUUGGAGACUACAGCUUUACUGGUAAUAACGGACGGAGAGAAUCACAGGGCUCUUUGUCGUCUGGUGCGAGUUUGGAACUCGCAACCUCUGGGUCUGGAAAAAACGAGGCUGAGGUGUCGCGUAACUCCAUGUCGUUGUCUGAGCGUGCCGUGCGUCACUGUAACAUUAACCUUCCGGAUGGUUCAUGCAGCUCAGUACCCAUCAGGCCUGGCGUCUCCAUCAGAGAGCUGCUCUUAGGCUUGUGUGAGAAGCUGGGCAUUAAUCUGGCUGCUGUGGAUCUGUUCUUAGUAGGAGGAGAAAAGCCUUUAGUGUUGGACCAGGACUGCAUGACACUGUGCUCCAGAGAUCUGCGGCUGGAGAAACGCACGCUAUUCCGACUGGAUCUGGUGCCUAUAAACCGUUCUGUUGGGCUGAAAGCAAAACCCACCAAGCCAGUUACAGAAGUGCUGAGGCCGGUGGUGGCUAAAUAUGGCCUGAACUUAGGAGACCUGGUGGCCAGGAUAAGUGGAGAGAAAGAGCCGCUGGAUCUUGGUCUUCCUAUAUCUAAUCUAGAUGGACUGAGGGUGGUUCUGGAAGCAGGAGAACACGUUCCAGGAAAAGACAAACAAAAGCUGGUCUCAUCUAAAAGUCUUGGUCCACCUCUGUCUACGCGAAGCCAGUCUGCCACAGGGGAGGACAAAGCGGCAGGAAAUGCUUCGGCUGUGAAAACCAGGGCCCAGGUGGAAAAUCGCAAACAGAAAAAGCUUAAUAUAGAUGAAGCUGAAGAAUUCUUCGAGCUCAUAUCCAAAGCACAGAGCAACAGAGCUGACGACCAGCGGGGUUUGCUGAACAAAUCCAACCUUGUCCUUCCGGAGUUCCUGCGCCUCGACACGGAAGCAGACAGCAACAACCUCAGCUCCACCCCAGUCUCCCACAAGAACCGGCCCCGAUCCAAGGAGAACGGCUCCGCACUCAGUGCCAGCCACCAAUCGCAGAGCUUAGAUUCAACGGUGGAUGGCACAGCACCUAGACGCGCUCUGCUUCCUUCCAAUAACGCUCUCAGAAACACAGCAGGCCGAAAUCCACCACCAUUUAGUUCCUCACUAUCCCCAGUACCACACUCGCAAAGAGGGGGCUCGUCCGGGAUCACAGACUGGAGGAGUGACGGAGGGGUCCAGGCACUGGAGGAAGAGGAGAGCAGCACGGACCUGACAUUUGUCGCAGAAGGCGACAUCACAAGCCCUAACAGCUCUCUCCUUCACCAUUCCCCUAUGCCUCUCCUUCCCUCCCCAGACCGACUGCACCUCCUGAGGGAGGACACUUUCCAGGAAGGCUGGGCUCGAUCAGGUACCUCUCCUGUGUGAACAAACUACGCUCGCAUGUGUUAUCCUCACCUCUCUCUGGUCCCUCCUGAAGAUGUGUGUGAUUUCUGAGUGCUGUGGAUUUGCUGUGUUCCUCAUCGUAAGCCCUAUGCCAAACCCUGGCAAAACCACCUCCUUCCCAUGUACAUUUGACACCCUUUAAGCACUUUAAUGAAGAAUCGAAAAAGAGACUUCUACCUACAAAUGCAUUUGACAGUUUAUAUCCCCCUGAAAGUAUUUUAAAACAACUAGCCACACACAAUCUUGACAAUCAUUGACUUUACCCAGCUUUUAUUCCACUGAGAGAAACAAUAGAAUUACUGUAGCCAGUCGGACUGAUUUGAGGUUAGUAGUGAACUGUCUUCCUUGCUUUCUGCAUAAAUCUGCCCUCUGGCUGAUCACAUGAUGGCCUUAACAGGAGCCACGACUGACUGAACUAAACAUGUGAUAGUUCAUCGAUGUUAAAUAUAAACUACACACCAGACGUGGAGUGUUUGAAGUGACAAACACCCUCGUUUAUGCAUGAAUAUAUUUAUCUGUUCAAAAGAGUUGUUCAAAUGAUGUGAAUACACAAAAUGGACUAAAACCUAAACGGCCUCGAUCAGUUUUAGUACGAAAAAGGCCUCACCUUACCUCUCAAUUGUUACCAGUAGCGUGCCUUCCAUGAACCUAUCCAUGAAACCUAAAUAUCGACAAAGAGUCUUCAGUAACUUCUCAUGACCUCACAUUUCUAUAUUUCAAUCUUAAAUUGAGACCUCAGAGCUUUUAUUUUUUAAUUUUUCCAUCGUAUUCUUACAUAAAUGCAAUUCAACAAUGUGUAGUUACGCAGAUCGCUUCCUGUUUAUCACCAUGACAUCACUUCCAUGUUUUUUUUUAAGCUACGGUAUCAUAUGUUACUUAUGUAAUUGUGUAAUAUAAUCCUAAAAAAGGAUUAAUUUAUCCAGGAUGAAACUUCAGUAUAUCUUGAUAAAAUACUAAAUGUGUACAUAGUUUCUGUUACAUAUGUGUGAUUUAUUGCUAUGUUGAGUUGCCGACAUUGUUGAAUUGUUCUCCAUUCAGUUCCUUCCUGUAGCAGUCUUUUUUGUAGAGAACCAAUAUCUCUACUCGGAAUGAUAUUUCUGCAAACCUGUAAAUAGAGUUAAAUAAAUGUUAGGGGUGAGAUCUUUCUCCCUUCCUCUUA